AUGCCUUCACCGUCAUAUCUACCAUCGCGAGAGCGAGGUUCAAAUAUCGCGGUACCAGUGUCGUCUGCUUCAAGUCUGAGGCGGUCCGUCACUCUGAAUGCAAUAGCUGCGUACAUCCCGCAAGACCCGCUUUCAAGAAUAUCCUGGAAAAGCAAAGACAAGAAAACCUUGACUGACAACGAAAGGGAAGUUCGUUCACGAGAGAUAACUACCUCUACGGCCGACGUGCCGCCUCGGGCACUUUCCACUAUCGCCCCAAACACCAUGCACGCUUCGAGCACCUCCUCAUCUCCAUCCCGAGAACAUAAUACCCCUAAGAGUAAUACUGCGACCAUUCGCUCCGUUGCCGCCGAACCCGCUACCCUCGAGUCUCCUUCGAACGGAGUUGGAAAGCGUACGAUAAGUAGAAGCGAGAAUUCAGCUAUGCCGCAUGCCAUGAGACCCCCGCCCCUUACGAGCUCGCAUUCUGGUCCUCCACUGUCGUGGCAGAAUUCAAACUCAAUUGGAGUUAGUAAGGGACUGGUACGCACGAUAUCUACGGAGUAUGGGUUGAACACAAAAUAUAAUGGCAACGGCUUACAUGUAUCGGAUGGUCCGAUAGGACUUAGUAGUAGCACUACCUCGCCGACAUUGUCGUCUGGAAACAGCACUCCGGAAUUCAAUGCCGCGAUUGGGCGCGCCAACGUAGGGAAGUCUGGAAGGGUCAUAGAAAAGCUAUCGGGGGAAAGAGAUAUGCUUAGAAGAGAUUUAAAACUUGCUCAACUCAACACUGAUGAAUGCAGGAAGGCAACUCGCAUGGCUGAAGAGAGGAUGGACGCUCAGGCAUCGGAGUAUGAGGCAAGGUUACAUGAAGCGUCUAUUAAUAAAUCACUCUUGGAGCGCAAGCUAAGGCAGGUAGAGGAGUUAAAAACUCAAAUCGACGGAGAAAGAGAAAAAGCGCAGCGGGCUAGACAGAUGGGGGAGUACUGGAAAAAGCAGCAUGAUGACAACGAAGACAGCUGCCGGGAAAAGGUGCAGAUGGCGGAGGAGAAGGCGAAACAUAAGGAAAGAAUGGUCGCCACAAUGACGAAUCACUGGAAGGACAGAGGUGCUGAAGUCGACAGAACUGUGAGCAGGCUAGGGAAGGAAAUCAAGUGCCUUGUUGAUGACCGACGUAACGAUGAUGUACAGAUACAAAGGCUCAACAAUCUUUGUGAACAACAGAGCGAGCAACUAAAGAAGCUCGCUGGAGAAAAAGCCGCUAUUCAGCAGCAGUUCGAAGACUAUAAAAAGCUCCAGGAGGAAUCUUUAGCAAAGAUCAAAGCCGACGCCACUGCUAUGGAAACUCAUUGCACCGAGGUUACGAAAAUGGCUACAGACACGCUUGGAGAGUUAAGAUGGACGCUCGCUGUCAAAAGAGAUUUAAGAAGCGAACCCCCAGAACAAACUUAG